AUGGCCAGCAUCCUCCAAGCUGUCCAAGAUGCAAUCCACACAGAAUUCGAAAUCAUCAGAGAAUCCUUGAAAUCAGGGCUCUCUGAAGACCUCAAUAAAUUCCUUAAUAAAUCGACCUCAAAGAAUGCUAAAAAGUUAAUCCCCAAAGCUUUAAAAACAGAAAUGCUUGGUUCAGGUUUGUUUAAGUCCCUGGUUGAAAACUACAUCCCAGCUACUCCAAUAAAGUUCACUAAAAGUGGUGAUAAAUCAAAUGAUCCUGGUACCAAGGUAACCACAUUACCUGAACUCAUCAAAAAUGCAGCUCCAGAAUUUUAUAAAGGUUACUCAUUCUUUGUGAAUCCGAUGUUGUCCUCUGGACAUGCUCAAACUGCCUACACUGCUUUAAACAAAUUUGCAAAUCUGUUCCAUGUUCAUUAUAAACGAAGAAUACUUACUAUUGAAGAUAAGACAUAUACAUUGCCAACUGGUGAAAGACUCAAAUAUGAUCAAUGGGAAGGUGAAACUACCAUCGCAUUAGAUUAUGCAGUUCCACAUCAUGACCCAAAUCCGGAUCAUGAAAAGUUCAAACCUGCUAGUCAAACCAAAGAAUUACCUCCCCGUACUGAAUAUAUGAAUCCUCAAGAGGAACCAACUAUGAUUUCAAAUGAUGAUUCUAAGCCAUUGUUGAUUGUCUUACAUGGAUUAUCAGGUGGGUCUUAUGAAGCAUAUAUCCGUGCUGUGCUUAAUAAAAUCAUUCUUGAUCCAUAUCAUGUGGAUGCAGUCGUGCUAAAUUCACGUGGUUGUUUUGAAACCGCAAAUAAGAGAGUUUAUUUAAUGGGAUUUUCACUUGGUGGUGCCAUAUUAGCAAAUUAUUUAGGUCAAGAAGGUGAUGCUAUUUCUAAACAGAUUAAAGGUGCAUUUAUAUUUGGAACACCUUGGGAUUUCCCUGACAGUGCAGUUCAUUUACGUGAAAGUAUAAUUGGUCAUAAUGUCUAUUCACCAACAAUGUGUAACAAUUUAAUGAGAUUAUUAGAUUCUCAUGGAAUUUUAUUGAAUAAUGAAUAUAUUAAGCAAUGUAGAGAUAAUGCUGAUAAAUAUAAUAUCAAAUUCCUUAAACAAUUUGAUCAUUAUUUUACAUCUAAAUUGUUUGGAUUAAAUUCAGCAGAUGAAUAUUAUAGAUUAGCAUCCCCAGUACAAAGAUUAAUGAAAGUUAGAGUUCCUACAGUUAUAAUCAGUUCAAAAGAUGAUCCAAUUACAGGAUCAAGAACAUUACCAAUCUCAGAAGUAGAAUUGAAUCCUUACACUACUUUAGUUACAACUACAGUUGGUGGUCAUUUAGGUUGGUUUACAUUAACUGGAGAUAGAUGGUAUACUACACCUAUUUGUAAAUUGAUAACAGAAAUGAAUAAGUGGGAUGUUGAUCAUCUGAGUGUAACUAAAGAUGAUUUACCUGUUGAUAUCAAUAAGAGUUGGAGACAUGAUCGUUUAGUUAAUGGAAUCGAACAUCUUCUUCUUUUAAGUUGGACCUUAAUCAACCUCUUUAUUUAUACUGUAAAUAUAUUCAAAAUGCAUAAUACUAAUAGUAAUAAUAGUAACAACUCCACUGCUGCUAAGAAGAAGCAGACAUCCAAGAAACAAAUACAAAAUUCUAGUAAUGGAAAUUCAUCAUGUAAAUGGAUAAGUCAACUUCGUACACUUCCAUCAAAUCCCAAUUCAAAUGAUUUUUUAAAAUUAGAAUAUAUUGAUGUUAAUUUAAACAAUUCAAGAAAAUUGAUAUCUAAUGUAAUUGAAUUAUCUGAAAGUACUAAAGAUUAUAUUGAUGAUGUUGACUUACAAAUAAAUGGCAAUCUAAUUCAAUUGACACAAGUUAAAAGAGAAUUGCAAUGGUUGGACAAAUUGUGA